GAACUGGACAGAGGCACCGAGGAAGAGAAGACGAAGAAGAAGGCGACCAUGUUGAUUUAAAGGAAGAAGAAACACAAUAGAGAGAAUUUAUUUCAAGUAAAAAUCAGUUCAUUAAGCGAAUUGUAACGGAAGUAGUUAAUCAACUGCACACCCAAUAUACCUUAUAAAAAUAACAGCGAAACGAAGGUUACAGGUUUGAGUUGUUAGCUGACUUUGAGGAGGUAGUGGGUUGAUCACAGCCCCACACACUUCACACACCAACCUGAAGACCUGCGGUGUCGUGGAGAGAGGGCUGAACACCCGGAGGAGAAGGGAAACACACACUGAGGACUCAAAAGGGGUGAAAAGCUGUUUGGCUUUGGACUAGAAACCCCGUUUGUAUUUGUGAAUCCAGGAUUCUUUUCACACAGUGGAGCGACACAUCCACACACAGUGGAACCAAACGCAGAACAUCACAGACUAUACGAUAUUGGCGGAAAACCUGUACAAAGUUGGAUAUCCUUUUUUUGGAAGAACAGGGAUAUUGAGCAAUUCUAUGGACUCAAAGUGGAAAGAAAAAUGUUCAAUUUAGAAACUGCAAUUUAAGCAUUGAACUAAGAUUAUAUCGAAGAGGCUGUUCCCCAAGUUCAGAUUGCCUUAGUUGUUCUAUUUUAGGACUUGAACCGCUUUCGAUACUUGUUCACAUAUAAUUUUUCUAUAUUGUGGGCAAGUGUAUACAUGCAUAUGAAUGCAAAUUUCUCUUCAUUUUGAAGAGCUCUUGUGUAAAACGUGUUUUUUGUUUUUUGUUCCUGUACGUCAGUCACUCUGUUGUUGAAGGGGACCGGACUGCACGUACAUGUGUAUAUGUAAAUACUACCAAUUGACUUCAGUUCUGAAAGCUUUGGACUUAAAAAGAAUAGAGAAUAUUGUUUGUUAAUGCUUUAUUAAACUUUUUUACUUUUAAAGAGAAUUUUUAAAAAGAAAAACCUAAGAGGCAAAAAUCUAAUACUUUUUGAAUAAGAAGAAAAGCAAGGACAACGGACGGAAAUGGCCACCGCCAGAACAGAAAACGUUGGCCCAGUUGUCAUGGGACUGAACAAGCAGAACGGGCAGCUCAGAGGACCGACUAAACCCGCUUCAGUCCAGCUAGCACCCACAACUCAUGGAAAGGCUUUGGGUGCAGCCAAGAUAGCAGGUGGUGCUGCUCAGGAUGGAGGAGGCAUCAAGUUUGGGGACGAUUGGAAAAAGAGCCUAAAGCUCCCACCCAGAGACAACAGGGUCAAAACCUCAGAUGUCACGUCCACCAAGGGGAAUGAGUUUGAAGAUUACUGUCUCAAAAGGGAACUCCUGAUGGGCAUAUUUGAGAUGGGUUGGGAGAAACCUUCCCCUAUCCAGGAGGAGAGCAUUCCCAUCGCGCUGUCCGGACGGGAUAUUCUGGCUCGAGCUAAGAACGGAACGGGGAAAAGUGGAGCCUAUCUCAUCCCACUGCUGGAGAGAAUAGACCUGAAAAAGAACCACAUACAAGCACUUGUCAUGGUGCCCACCCGUGAGCUGGCUCUGCAAGUGAGCCAGAUCUCCAUCCAGAUCAGCAAACACCUGGGUGGAGUCAAAGUCAUGGCCACCACCGGGGGCACCAACCUACGGGAUGACAUCAUGCGUCUGGAUGAGACCGUGCAUGUUGUCAUUGCAACGCCUGGUAGGAUCCUGGACUUGAUAAAGAAGGGAGUGGCAAAGGUGGAUAGAGUCCAGAUCAUGGUGAUGGAUGAGGCCGACAAGCUGCUGUCUCAGGAUUUUGUGGUGCUCAUCGAGGAUAUCAUCAGCUUCCUGGCCAAGAACAGGCAGAUCCUGCUCUACUCUGCAACCUUCCCUAUCAGCGUGCAGAAGUUCAUGGCCAAGCAUCUUCAGAAACCCUACGAGAUCAACCUGAUGGAGGAGCUGACUCUGAAGGGAAUCACACAAUACUAUGCCUACGUCACAGAGAGGCAGAAAGUCCACUGCCUAAACACACUUUUUUCCAGGCUUCAGAUCAACCAGUCAAUUAUCUUUUGUAACUCCACCCAAAGGGUGGAGCUUUUGGCCAAGAAGAUCACUCAGCUGGGCUACUCCUGCUUCUACAUCCACGCCAAGAUGAUGCAGGAAUACAGAAACCGUGUGUUUCAUGACUUCAGAAAUGGGCUGUGCAGAAACCUGGUCUGCACAGAUCUCUUCACCAGGGGCAUCGAUAUCCAGGCUGUCAACGUCGUCAUAAACUUUGACUUUCCCAAGAAUGCUGAGACUUACCUCCAUCGUAUUGGAAGAUCAGGGAGGUUUGGUCAUCUGGGCCUGGCCAUCAACCUGAUCACAUCAGAGGACCGCUUCAACCUGAAAGCCAUCGAGGACCAGCUGGUGACCGACAUCAAGCCCAUUCCCAGCAGCAUCGACAAGAGCCUCUACGUGGCAGAGUUCCACACGUCCGGCACCGACUGCGACGUGGAGGAGAUCGAGGAGAAACCAGGACGCCAACAGGACAGCACCUAAAGCAGGACGCUGCAGGCUUUUGCACAGACAUCAUCGUUUGCUCACAGGCAACUCUUCAGUUUCAUAUUCCUCCCACGGCCGGUCAAAUGGACGUAGAGACUGUUUUCCCUCUUAAGCAUUUUCUCAUCUUCAUCAGAAAGAGCUGCCUCAUUCUUUUUUUUCUUCAUAUUUAAUCAAAAAAACAUAUGAUUUUGCACCAAACUCCGAUAUGACCCACGCAUCCUGUGUGUGAGCAUAGCGUUUAUUUUCCUCCGAGAUAUCUUGGAGACAACAGUGCGGCCCGGUAUCACAGCUGUUCUGAAGCCACGUCUCUGCCCACUCAACACUGUUGUCGUCACUCAAGUGCCUUACUUACUCCCAUGAGCACUCAUCCAUUCACAGCCUGCUGUCUACUGUCAUGCAGCAGAGUACGAGCACAAAUACGAUGAAUUUAACAGCAACCCAAGUUUAUUUAAACAUCCGUUAUGCAAGCGACAAAAACCACAAAUUAAUUUGAACGUUUUAUUUUUAUUGAGAACGUUGCAAUAAAAAAAAGGGCAGCUUUCUUUAAAUACUGUGUGACUAUUUUUCCCCUUUUGCUAUGAAGAAUACCUGAGCAGAGUUAAUAGGACGAGACUGCUUGAGACAGAAGCGCCCCCAUGCCCCCUCCCAUUGAUCCAUGGAAGCCGAGUGCAGACGCCUUCUGUCUGGAGCUUUAGUUUCACAUGAAGAGAAAUCCCGUCAGCUGGUGCGUGCUGUAAACCGGUCGGUCCGGUCGUGGUUGUGACACUGCAUCAGAACAGCUCUGAUACCGGCAUCCUGACCAAUUGAUACCGAGGGAUAAAUAGUUUAUGUGGAAAUUGGUGCAAAACAAAGUUUUUUUUUUCUUUUUUUACUGCUUCAGAGACUGUUCUAUUGUGGGGAAAUAGAAGUUGGAAUGAUUUCCUCACAUUUCUUCCCACCGAAUACUGAGGUCAAACUUUCUUUUUAAGCCCUGUUAUGACCAAAAUGGAAGUUGGUGGAUGCAUCAGCUGCCAACGUGGAUACUCUCCCAGCCCUGAGGUCAAGCUCUUGAGUUGUAUCGCUGCCGCUGCACUAGAGUUCCUCUUCAGGUUUGGCCUUUCUGAAGCAUUAUUCUGCUGGGUGGGGAAUGGAGUCGGCUGGUAAGGACUACAGCGGUCUUUCUGCAGCAGCAGCGAUAUCUUUCAUUCUUUCGUUUUCUUCUUCCUUUCCAGCACUAUGUUUUGUGACUCUAAGCUGGGGAGGGUUUUGUGUUUUUGAAAGCAAAUUGUAGCAUCUCUGAACAGGCAGCUGUGACUUUGUUUUUGUUCUCUCCUUUACAACAACAAAAAACCAUAAAAAAGAGUAUUUUUGCUUUUCAAGAUUUAUUUUUGAUGUUGCUUAAAGCAUUUGGACGAGGGGAGUAAGGGGUCUGACUCCUCAGCACUGGGUCAUUUGUGGAGAGGUUUCUUUUGGGAGGUUUGGAGCCAAGCGCUUGUUAGAUGCUCUUUGGGCGUCUUGAAUCUUUGCUUUUCUCUGGUACUUAAAGCAAAUAUAAAAGCUUAUUUCAUUUUGUUUUACCUCAAAGUACACACAACCGGGUUUUCUUUGUUUUAAGGGCCAGAGAGUUAAGUUCUACUAGAAAGCAUUGAAGCACUGAGGUCCUUUUGAGCCUGUUCCAUCUUUGUGGCAGAUGAUCGAAGUGCUUUCUUUUCGUGUUUUUUUUUGUUUUUUUUCCUCCAAUUUGGCAAUCUUUAUACAAAGUUUUGUUAAUCAAAACAAAAUUGUGAAUGAAUCAUUGUUUACAAUUUUACUUAAAAAGAGAAUACUUUGCUUCAUGAGCAGAGACGGUCAAAUAUUUUUAACUUUUGUUUUUAUCUUGAAAUAGAUAUUCAAGAUUUACAUUGAAGCAAAACGUGUGUGUGCGUGUGCGUGUGUGUGUGUGUGUGUGUGUGUGUGAUUCCUGGCUCCCAUCAUCAACAAAGUAUUUGACUUAUCAGGAAUUUGCACACAAAGUGCUCAGAGGAAAAAUCACCAAUUACAACUUCCAGCAACUUUUUUUUGUAGCGCCGGUCACAUGUUCAACAUGUGACAGUUUUAUCAUUAACAAUACAACUAAUGAUUAGAGCUACGGAACUAAAGAUCUUGAGGAAGAGUGUGUGUGUGUGUCUGUGCACAUGUGUCAGUGUGUGUGUGUCAGGAUGGGUGAGGGGGUUGUGGGAGGGAUAUUUGUCAAGUUUAUUUGAAAAGGGUAACUUUAAGAAAAAAAAAAAAAAAAGAGACUGGUGAGCAUUUGAACACAAAAAGGCAGUUUCUGGCAUUUCCCAGUUCUCAAUUGUGGAAGCUUCAUGCUCUUUUCUAAAAUGGCAUAAAGGCCCCUCAUGUCUUCUGUGCGUAGCUAAAUGGAAGUGGAUGUCUUUACUUCCAGCACUAAUGAAGUCUCACCUACACUUCAGGCUAAUUGAGCCAAACUCAACGAUGGCUCUGAAGGUUUAGUCUCAGUUUUAUUUCCUCUGCAACAUGGACAGAAAAGUGGUGUUAAUUUGGCACUCACAUUUUUGUUUUAAUGGAGCUGAGGGCAAUUUGAUUCUAAUUUGGCUUGUUGUGUGUUUAAAAAGACAUAUUUGAGUUCUUCAGUCUUCUACGCAUUGGUACCUUGCUGCUCCCAAAACUAUUUUCAGCCCAAUGUUAAAGUGACUUGCAUCUUAUUGGGACUUCAAUUGUCCUAACCUAAAACCAGAUUCCAUGUUCUAUUAAUAACCUCCUUUGCUGUCCCAUGAUUUCCUUUUCAUACCUUUUAGAAAAAACUCAGUUCACUAUUGGGUGGUACCAGGAAGAAAAACGAAAAAAUGUCUUUGAAAAAAUGUGUUUUUUUUCUUUUCUUUCUUUGCAUUGGGGAGACACAAGGUAUUUCACGAACAUGUGUUGAUUAAUUGGUCCUAUUGUAACUUGCAAGGGUUAUGAAAUUCAAUAAAUUGAUUUGGAAUCCACACA